AUGACUCACGACCUGACCACGAGACUCAUCUACGGAGCGAUCUCUGCUAUUGGGAAUGUGAAUGUCCAUCCUGAUGGCGCGGUGCUUCCUGCAGGUGUUCCCGUCUGCAAGUUGGCCAUCGAAUCAUGGCAUGUAGGAACUCUCCCAUGGUUCUCAGCCACAAGCACCCUGGGAUUACUCGGCGGUGGAGUACAAAUAGGCGGAUCCAGAAGGACGACACCAUCAUCCACAUCUGAUGUGCAGCUCAUACUGGAUAAGUCAUUCCGAGAUCCAGAGUGGGACUACGACUUCACCAAUUUUCGGGACACCACGGCAUUUUAUCGAGGGGGUCAACGGUACUACCGUCCAUGCGGAUGGAAGAGGUACGCCAUCAAGGUGAAAGGAGUCUACGAAUCGGAUGCGUGGCUUGGCCCGCCCGGAGCACGACACGAGUCUGAUGUCGACGAAUGGCCCGUUUCUUACCAUGGAACCAGUUUCGAUAAUGCCAAGUCCAUCGCUGCCCACAGAUAUCUAGUUUCCAAGGUGAAGCGCGAUAAAUAUGGAAGAGGGAUCUACUCCACACCAGAUACCAAUAUUGCAAAGCUUUAUGCUUCCACAUUCAAUCACGAUGGCAAAACCUACCAGGCCAUGCUGCAAAACCGAAUCAACAUGAAGAAAACUCGUUUCAUCAGUCAUGAGAACUACUUCGUCACAGAAGAUGAGGAUAGCAUUCGCAUGUAUGGCAUUCUCAUUCGAGAAGUGUUGGUUCAUGAGGAAUAUUCCUCUCGUGAUUCCUGCACAUUCCUCUAA